UGGAGCCUUCGCCGCGGACCGGGUGAAGAGUUCCUUCCCGCCGGUGGGACCCGCCGCGUCCAAGUGACCACCGAGGGAGCGCCUUCCCCCCAGCGGAGCCAGGGCUGGCGGACGGGGUGUGGGGGGGAGCCGGCCAUGCCUCCCCCGCCCGACGCCCGGUGCCGGUUCAGGGGUGCCGGGCUCCUCUUCCACCCGCUGUGGCUGCUGGCCGCCGCGGUCCGGGCGCCGGGCUGCGGCGGCACCGUCCCGCUCUUCUACGGCCACGUGUCCGAAAACUCCCCGCCCGGCACCGAGGUGAGAGGCGGGCGGCUGCCCGGCCGCCGGCUGUGCCCGCUCGACCCGGCCGGCGCCCGGCUGGGCGGCCACGGAGCCGGCGCUUUCCGACUGAGCGGGCGGCCGGGUGGCGGCGGGCGGCUGCUGCUGCGCACCGCCGCGCCGCUGGACCGGGAGCUGCGCCCGGACUACCGGCUGACCAUCAGCUGCCGCCCGGCCGGCUCAGCGCCCGUCUCCGCCCGGCUCCACAUCAGGGUGGGCGACGUGAACGACAACAGACCCGAGUUCGCGCCCGGCCACCCGGCCAGCGUGGAGGUGGACGAGCUGCUGGCCCUGGGCUCGGAGAUCGCCCGAGUGACCGCCACUGACCGGGACUCGGGCAGCAACGCCGACAUCAGCUACCGCUGCCGCCCGGACGUCCCGCAGCUGUGGCUGGUGCCCCGCACCGGGCAGAUCCUGCUGGUGGGCUCGCUGCUGGGCGUGAAGCCCUUCCUGCUGACCGUGUACGCCCAGGACAGGGGGGUGGUGCCUCAGGUGGCCGAGCCGCUGACCCUCCUGGUCAAGGUGAAGCCCGCGAGUCUGGCGGCGCCCGCGGGCGGGAGGGCAGCCCGCUCGGCGCCGGACGAGGGCUUUCACUCGGUGACCGUGCCGGAGGGCGACAGGGUCGGGACUGUCAUCUACACCGUCCCCGACUGGAAGUUCGCAGGGCGCUGGUUUGAGGUGAUCUCCCCGACGGACGCGCCGGUGCAGGUGGAGCGGGACUCCGGCAAAGUUUACCUGUCCAGGAAACUACGCGGCAAAUCGCCCGUCGAGGUGACGGUCAAAGUCAACAGUGAAACAGGUGAAGAUUGGUACCUUUGCCAUUUGAUGAUUAAAGUGUUGAGGGAAAGUUUUCCAGAGUGGACAAUGCCGCUGUUCCCUUACUUAACAGUCGUGUCUUCAGAUGCUCCCAAGGGUACACCAGUUUUCCAGCUUUCUGCAUGGGAUGUCUCUGAUCACUCUGCUGAUGGAAUGGAAUACUUCCUGACAGACGGGGGAGAGGAGAGAUUUGAAGUUGACAGAAGUUCAGGCAUCAUCAAGACCACUGGCUUAACUCUGCUCAGAAACAAUGAAUAUGUGUUGACUGUGCUGGCUGUCGAUAAACGGAGCAACAAAGGUCCUCAUGCAUCAGUUUUCAUUCUGGUUGGCUCCAGGCCCCCGCAGUUUACUAAUGUGUCCUACAAUGUGUUUGUUUCUGAAAAUACCCCAGCUGGACAACCAAUUACAGUUGUGGAAGCCAUUUCAUUCCAGAGGAGGUCUCUGUCCUAUUCCCUGCUGAUAAAUCCCAGCAAUCUCUUCACUAUAAAUCAGGAAAAUGGGGAGCUGAGUCUGAUACACAGCAUUGAUUAUGAAAGUGAACAUCACCUCUACCAUCUACUGGUGCGGGCACUGGAAGCUGGUACUGGUCUCACCAGUGUCACUGAGGUAGUAAUUCACAUCAUUGAUGAAAACGACUGUACACCAGAGUUCCUGCAUUCUAUCUACAGCUGUGACAACAUUCCUGAAAACAUUCCCAUUGGCACCUCUUUGCUGCAAGUGCUGGCACAGGAUUGUGACACAGGGAUCAAUGCAGAGAUUUCCUACUUCUCCCAGGUUGCUGAAUUUGCCAUUACCCCUCAGGGACUCAUCAGCCCAAAGCAACAACUGGAUUACGAACAACCCAACCACAUGUAUGGAUUUGUUAUUGCAGCUGUAGACAAGGGCCAGCCUCCUCGGACAGGAACAACGUCUGUGAGGAUAAGAAUAACCAACGUCAAUGAUGAAAGCCCCGUGUUUUCACAGAACGUAUAUAAGACGUUUCUUUCUGAGGAUGCUGGGCCUGAUAGCCUGGUUGCUACAGUUCAUGCUAAGGAUCCUGAUGGUGACAACGUUAUCUAUACAAUCACUGGAGGAAACCAAGAGAAAAAUUUUGUGCUUGACAACCAGAAAGGUAUUAUAAAACUUCGGAGAAGCCCACCGCCAAAACUCCAGGGACCUCAGUAUGUGCUGAACAUCACGGCAACAGACGACAACGCCUCAGGAGGGCCCAUGCCCCUCAGCAGCACCGCUCAAAUUAUCGUGGGAAUCAAUGAUGUGAAUAACAACAAGCCCGUGUUUACAGAGUGUUUAAAAUACAAUGAAGAUGCCUGUGUCUUGGAAAACCAGCCCCCUGGAACAUUUGUACUACAAGUCAAGGCCCAUGAUGCUGAUCUUGGAGUGAACGGACAGGUGAAAUACGGACUCAUGAUUCGAGACGGAGUGACUCCAGGUUUCCGGAUUAAUCCCGACACUGGAUCUAUUACCACAACCCAGAGUUUUGACAGAGAGAGACAGCGAGAAUACACGGUGUCAGUGACUGCCACAGACCAAGCCCAGGAGCCACUAAUUGGCAUUUGUCAGAUGGUUAUACUCAUAGCUGAUGAAAAUGACAAUGAUCCAAAGUUUGAGAACAGUCGCUACCAAUAUUAUUUGCGGGAAGACACACCAGUUGGCACUAGUUUCCUGAGGGCAGCAGCUCAUGACGAUGACCAUGGAAUCAAUGCGGUCAUCACCUACUCCAUAUCACGGCAGCAGCCAGAGUACUUCCAGAUCAGUCCCAGCACAGGAUGGAUCUAUGUCAAUCAUCCCAUUUCCCAGGUGGCUCAUAUCAGUCGUCAAAUUAUAGCGACUGAUGGAGGGAAUCGGAGCAGCAGUGUGGAACUAACUGUUAUUAUCACCAAUAUACAUAACCAGCCCCCUCAGUGGGAGCAAGAAGAAUAUCGGAUAACAAUCCCAGAGAACACGACUCGAGACUUGAGGGUUGUGACCAUCAAGGCCACGUCUCCUCUUGGGGAUCCAAGAGUUACAUACAACCUAGAGGAAGGACAGGUUCCUGAAACAAAUAUGCCUGUCCGGUUCUACCUGAAACCCAAUCGUGCAAAUGGAUCUGCCUCAAUUUUAGUAGCAGAACCAUUGGAUUUUGAAGGGACAAAGUUCUUCACACUUCGGGUCAGGGCUCAGAAUGUGGCUGCAGUGCCAUUAGCUUCCUUCACCACCAUCUACAUAAAUGUGACAGAUGUGAAUGACAACGUUCCUUUUUUUACUUCAUCAACAUACGAGGCGACAGUCCCAGAAGGGGCUGCAGUUGGCAUGUCAGUCGUGCAGGUAUCAGCAACUGACCUGGAUUCUGGUAGACAUGGAAAGGUGAAUUACGCUCUAGUGAGGGAUCUCAGUGGAGAUUAUCGUUACUUCAGUAUUGAUUUUGAAACGGGAGUGAUAUUCACACAGACAUCCUUCGACAGAGAGGUGAAAGGAUCCUACCUGAUCGAGGUCCAGUCUCAAGACAACUCUGAGUCUGCCCGGCCGGGCAAACAAGGACAGCCCAAUACAGACAUGGCGUAUGUGCGGAUUUUUGUCAGUGAUGUGAAUGACAACGCACCAGUCUUCCCACAGGAAACCUACACAAUAAGUGUAGACGAGGACAAGGACAUUGGGUUUGUUGUUAUAACAGUGUCUGCUAAUGAUGGAGAUGAAGGUGCAAAUGCUAAACUGAGAUACCAGAUUGCAUCGGGAAAUGUUAAAGGAAUGUUUGACGUGGAGCCGGAGGUUGGAACAAUCUUUAUAGCUCAGCGGCUAAAUUAUGAAGAAGAACAACACUACAAGCUGUGGCUCGUGGCCUCUGAUGGAAAGUGGGAAAACCAGACACUGGUGACCGUCAAUGUCAUCAACAAGAAUGAUGAAGCACCAGUCUUCACACAGAAUGAGUACCAUGACAGCAUCAUGGAAGAGCUGCUAAACUUGCCAGUAUUUGUCCUACAGGUUUCAGCAACUGACCCAGACCAAGAAGCAGAUCAGAGUGCCUUGCGCUACUCUCUCCAUGGACAGGGGGCAAACAGCGAGUUUACCAUUGAUGAGCUCACUGGUAAAAUUUACACAAAGAAAAGAUUGGAUCGGGAGGAACGAUCCAUCUGGCGCUUCCUCGUUCUUGCCACCGAUGAAAACGGUGAAGGACUCACAGGUUUUUCUGAUGUAAUUGUUGAGGUUCGUGAUGUGAACGACAACCGACCCCUAUUCUUAUGUGCAACAGACGGCUGCUUCGUAGGAUAUGUUCCAGAAAAUUCCCCAGCAGAUACUUCCAUUAUGGAGAUGACUGCAACUGAUUUGGAUGACCCCAACACUGGAAGAAAUGCAAUCCUGACAUAUAGAAUAAUCCAGAAUAUUCGAAACAAAAUCAAUCUCAAUUUGUUUUCUAUUAAUUCUUUGACUGGCACCAUGUACACUGUGUUGGGUUCUCUGGACAGAGAAAAAGAAGAUAAGUAUCUGGUUGUGGUAGAAGCUCGAGAUGGAGGUGGGUUGACAGGGACGGGAACAGCGACCAUUUUGGUCUCAGAUGUGAAUGACCAUGCUCCAGUUUUCACACAAAGUGUUUUCAGAGCAAAGAUUUCUGAAAAUACUGAGACAGACACCGAGGUUCUUGCUGUGCCUGCUACUGACGAUGAUGAGGGAGAAAAUGCCCUGAUGACAUUCAGUAUCAUGGACGGUGAUGAAGAUCAUAAGUUUCUAAUUGAAACACAUCAACUCAAGAAACUUGGGAUAAUCAAGUUGAAGAAAAGGCUUAAUUAUGAGAAAUCUAAUGAGAGACGGUUCAAUUUAACUAUUAAAGUAGAAGAUCUGGACUUUUCUAGCAUGGCUACAUGUAUCAUUGAUGUUGAGGAUUACAAUGACCAUCCUCCAGUCUUCCACCCACAGUUUUAUGAAGCUGAUCCAUUGCUGGAAGAUGUUUUCAUCGGAACUAGAGUUGUUCAGGUAACAGCAAUGGAUCUGGAUUCUGCCCAGAAUGGUAGGUUUACCUACAGCCUCACAAAAGAUUCAGAUCCACUUGAGCAGUUCACAGUGGACAGCAACGGUUGGGUUACAAUUGCCAGUGCUCUGGAUCAUGAGGUAACACCACUGCACCACCUGGUGGUACUGGCCACUGACCAGGGAAGUCCAGCUCUGACGGGAAGUGCCACCAUCAUUUUAACUGUGCAAGAUGUCAAUGACAAUGGACCGGAAUUUGAGGUUCCAUAUGCACCGAUUGUCUGGGAAAAUACAGCUCCCCCCCAAAUUGUCCAGUUAAAUGAGACCUCGACCCUGAUUUAUGCCAAAGACAAGGAUAGCCCAAUGAAUGGUGCUCCCUUUUCAUUCACCUUAUUGACCCACUACAACAAUUCUACGGACUUUGCUUUGAAGGAUUAUGGCAAUGGCACUGCGGGUCUCACUGCUCUCCACGUGUUUGACAGGGAGGACCAAAAGCUCUUCUACCUGCCAGUGAUAAUUACUGACAGUGGAUCCCCGCAUAUGAGUUCCACAAGCACUUUAACCGUCACCAUUGGAGACGUCAAUGACAAUCCUCACUCAGCUGGCUGCAUGGAAUUUCUGGUUUACAGUUAUAAUGGUCAACUUGCUACCACUGAGUUAGGAAAAGUACAAGCUCCUGAUCUGGAUGACUGGGAUGAUAAAAGAUACAAGUUUAUCGGAACCCCUCCAAGAUAUUUUACCCUUAAUGAAAAGUCUGGUUUCCUGAGUAUCAUUGACGGUACACCCUCUGGAGUUUAUGGCUUCCAGGUCAAAGUUGCGGAUGGCACUUGGCCAGAUGUAGUUUCCAUAGUGAAGGUUGUUGUUGAAGAAUUGGAAGAAGAUGCCGUAUACAAUGCAGGUUCUCUGAGACUGAAUGGUGUCACAGCAGAAGAGUUUAUAUCCCAGCCUACUGCUGACGAAAGUAAAUACACUAAACUCAGAAGGAUGUUAGCAGAAAUUAUUCCAGCACAAUUGGAUACCAUUCAUAUUUUCAGUGUUGUGAAUGUCAAUGGUCAGGUCGGAGAAGUCGAUGUCUGGUAUGCGGCACAAGGGUCUCCAUUCCUCAAGGCUGAGAAGAUGAAUGGCAAUGUGGCAGCUUUCAAAGCUAAGCUGGAAAUCAACUUAAAUGUCAGCAUCUCUCAAGUUGCUGUGGACGAGUGCGUGACUACAGCCUGUGAGACAGGGACUGGGUGCACGAGCACCACGAGUUUUAGCCCUGCUCCAACAGUGCUGAAUGCUGGAGAGAUCUCCUUGGUUUCCAUUACAGCAUCCACCACAGCUCAGUGUAUCUGUCCAGCUCGAGAAGGGCGACGACUCUCCUGUUCCUCAUAUCCGAUUAAUCCGUGUCUAAACGGUGGCACCUGUGUUGACGUUGAUUGGGGUUACAGGUGCGAGUGCAAUCCAAUGUUUGACGGGCCUGAAUGUCAACAAACACGAUACACGUUUAAAGGACAUGGUUAUGCUUGGUUUCCUCCCAUCAAGUCUUGCUUUAAGAGUUUAAUUUCCCUGGAAUUCCUCACUGAAGCUGCUGAUGGACUUCUGCUCUACAAUGGACCCCUCUCACACAGUCACUCCGGAGAGCUGGAAGACCACAUUACGUUAGAGCUGAGGAACGGAGUUCCUUCACUCAGUGUUAAUCACGGGUCCGGAUCACUCCAUCUCCAGAUGCCACCCAGUGUCUAUGUUGCAGAUCGGCAUUGGCAUAGGUUGGAUAUAAUCAGUGAUGGAAAGAGGGUGAAGAUGAUCCUUGACCAUUGCAUCGGUGCUGCUGUGAGUGAGAAAGGAGGCACUGGCAGAGGCCUGUCAGAAAUGGACCGCAAUCUGUGUGAAAUUUCAGGGGAAACCCCUGGGCAGGCAAGGUUUCUAAAUGUUCACCAACCACUUCAGCUGGGCGGAAUCAAGAAGUCACUCCCACAUUUCAAUGACCAACUACACUUCACAGGAUUCACGGGCUGUGUAAGGAACCUAAUUGUUGAUAGUAAGAUGUAUGACCUGGGCAACCCUGCAGAGUUCCUGAACAGUGCAGCGGGCUGUGAGGUGACUGAUGGAGUCUGCCACAGUGCUGGGACCUAUUCCUGUGGCACUCAUGGGAAAUGUUUAGGAGAAUGGGGAUCUUUCAGCUGUGACUGCAGACCGGGUUACACUGGAUACAAGUGUGAAAAAGUUCUACCUGAGUGGUCUUUUGAGGAGGACAGUCUCAUUCAGUACCAGCAGAAGGGGGCUCUCAGUGCUCGUAGAACCCAAGUGCAGCUGAUGUUCCGCACCCGCAACCCCAACUGUUCUCUAUUCAGCCUGACAUCCAAGGACACAAGUGAAUACAUUAUACUGGAGAUUGACAGUGGAUAUUUUGGAAUCCGUGUCAACCUUGGUGAUCAGGAGCAUGCACUGAAACUGCAAACACUGCGUGUGGACAGUGGCCAGUGGAUUCUGGCAAAUAUGGACCGACAUGACAAUGAAUUCACGCUGCGCCUCAACAAUGGAGGAGGAGCCCUUGAGGUGACAUCUUCUCUUGGCACCCACAGAGAAAUCCUAACAGAUGCCUCAAGUCUGGUUUUGGGAAAGAGCCUUCAUGAGCUUUCGCCAAAUAAUUUUCAAGGCUGCAUGCGCGAUGUUCGAUUAAAUGGUCAUCUCUUACCGAUGGAUGGAAAGAAUACAAUAUUGACUGCAACCCUGCAUCGGAGGGGUGUAACAAGUGGCUGUCACUCAGAUGCCUGUAGCAGCACACCCUGUUAUUUACCCUUUUAUUGUGUAGAUCUGUGGAGAAAACAUGAGUGCAGAUGUCCAGCCGGACAGGUGUCGGUGAUAAGUAAUGAAACAGGGCUCGAGGACUGUGUGAUGUCACCUUGUGGAGCAUGGACAUGUUGGAACGGAGGCACUUGUGUCACCCAGACACCGCACCUGUUUGCCUGCGAUUGUGCAGAAGGUUACCAAGGACAGCAGUGUGAGAUCAGCAUGGUGACUUUAGGAAUCCCAAUGGGCCUGAACAUCAGCUCUGUCUUGGCUAUCAGCAUCUGCCUCAUCUUCUUAAUAGUUCUGGCGACUGGCUUCAGCAUAUGGGGAGUGUGUGGAAAAGCGAAGUUCCAGAAAGGAGGAGUUUACCACAUUCCUGUUGAGCACGAGAGCUGGGAGGAUGUUCGGGAAAACAUCCUCAACUACGACGAAGAAGGAGGUGGAGAACAAGACCAGAAUGGUUAUGACAUCAGUGAAUUGAAGAAACCUUUGCGCCUGAGUCUGUCUCAGUCUUCAUCUGCACCUCUGGUAAAGGGCUCCACUGAUUCUCAAGAAGAGAAGCAAGUCAACUUCAGAACUCACCCAAAUGUAAUUUUUUCUGAGCCUCUUCAAUCUGGUGUCCCAGACUUCAGAAACUACGUGUCCCAGAUUAUUUGGGAUGCAGACAAUGACUUGAGAGCACUUCCGGAGGACACCAUGCACAUUUACUGCUUUGAGGGGCACGGGUCACUGGCAGGAAGCCUGAGCACUGUGGACACAUCAAACACCGAUGAAGACUUGAAUUCUGAUUAUCUCACUGACUGGGGCACAAAGUUCGACAAACUGAAAGAAUUUUGUGCCCAAAAGCAGAACAAUGGCCUGUAA